AUGAUUUAUAGUAUCGCAUCAAAUCUCACAAAAAGUGUGCUAUCUGUUACAAGAAAUGACACAGAAUCCAACAACAUUUUCUUUAACAUAUGGUCCUCUGUCUUUUUUAUCAUACUUUUCUUAAACUUAAGUGGUAACUCGCUCGUGAUUGUCGUCAUUGCGAAAGAUAAAAAAUUCCAUAGUAUGAUGAACUGUCUUUUUGCAAACAUGGCGUUUUCUGAUUUUCUUGCUGGCAUCUUUGCAUUUCUGUGGUACCUGGCGAACUAUAUUGAUCCAGCAUGGCUAAACGAGUGGAUCUGUCGGUUAGUAGCAGCGAAUACAAUUACCGUGCUUAGUGGAAUUGUCUCCAUUUUCUCCCUUACUGCUAUUACACUGGAAAGAUACCGCGCUAUAUUAAAACCUUUAGAGCACAGGAUGUCCUGGUGCAGAUUAAAACUUAUUCUUUUUGUUAUUUGGUUUUUCAGUGGGAUCUGUUCUUUGCCUUAUUUUAUAUUCAUAAAAUUUGUUGACGCUCAGAAUCAAAAUAGAUGCAUGUUUUUGCUUGGAGAAUGGGAAAAACAGCUUCUUACCAUUUUGAUGUUUGCCUUCGUUUAUGCUUGCCCAAACAUCAUCAUUUGCUCAGCAUACGCUAAAAUUGUCAAGCAUCUUUGGUUUAAUAAAGAAAACGAAGAAAUGCAAGAAUCACACAAGGCCUUGUUACAAUCCAGAAAAAAAAUCACUAAAUUACUUGGUUUCGUUUUGAUCGUUUUCAAUUUAUGUGUGUUGCCUAACUUUGCGAUUGCCGAUUUCAUGUUGAGCUUCGGUGCAACUGGCUAUGGACAUGCUGUCUCUUUUAUUGGAUUUCUUAUCCAAUUUGUUUCUACAUGUGUCAAUCCUUUGAUAUUUUUCAUUCAAAGCAAACAAUUCCGCAAUCGUCUUUUUGGCAUCCUUUUUUGUCGAAAUAAGCGAAUAAAUCGAUGGUCUGAGCUACGAGUAACCGUUGUAUCAACGAAAUCUCAGGUUGGAUCCAUUAGCAAGCAUUGUCAAACUGCUGUUUGAUUUAUGAAAGUAUAUAUAUGAAUUACUAUGUUUAACUAUUAUUCUGGUAUUGACAGCAUGUUAUACUUCUAUAUGAGAUUAAUGGUAUGCAUUCAGUUCAAUAAAUAUUCCCUGGAGGAUGUUCUCCUUUGGUUGAAAAGACGCAGUUAAAUACAAAUAUUUAUCUGGGUAUAUGAAAACAAAAUUAAUGAGAUGCACAUGUAUAGGAAUUAUUUCAUUUUAGCCGAUAGCAUUUGCUUUAGAAAUUUUAUGUGACUAAAAGAACGAUAGGCCAUCCACUUUUCUUAAUCUCUUGCAUAUAUUUGACUGUAACAUUCAAUAUAAGGAAAUGUUUCAACAGUGAUGAUAAAUGAGUAAAAUUUAACGAUUUUCAGUUCUAUAUGAAUGUUAAACCAUGAAAUCUUUAUGGGAAUUAGGUUGAUUUGAAUAAAGUUCAACGUCUCGUGA